CGUGACGGUUAUAGAUCCAAAAUGGCUGCUGACAACCUCCCAUCUGAAUUUGACGUUAUCAUCCUUGGGACAGGCCUUACUGAGUCUGUCAUUGCUGCUGCGUGCUCACGAGUAGGAUUGAGAGUUCUGCACUUAGACAGGAGAAACUACUAUGCUGGAAACUGGGCCAGCUUUACAUUCAAUGGCCUGCUUUCAUGGAUUGAGGAGUACAAGGCUCAGCAACAAACUCCAAGCACCACAUCAGAACAAGGAUGGAAUGAUCAAAUUGAGGAUGAAGAGGAAGUUGUUUUUCUCAGCUCUGUAGACUCCUCCAUUUCCAAUCUGGAAGUAUUCUCCUAUGCCAGCGAUAAGUCUGAGGAUGAUGAGCUGUUGAAGGCUCCUGUGGUGGGCAGCUUGCCCAAAGCAGCUGAGGAGAUGAAUGGCUGCCAUAAAGAAGCCCAAGACUUAGGUUCUUCCAGUGCUUGUACACAAGAUGAUGCAGACCCACAUAAUCUAGAGGUGAAGAACCAAGACUCCUGCCUAUCCGAGGAAAGCAAAAAAACAGAUCAGCAGCCAAUAAGAAGCCCAGAGCAAGCAGUAGAGGUGAAAAAGAAAAUAACGUAUGCUAUGCUACUGAAGGAGGGUCGCAGAUUUAACAUUGAUCUUGUGUCUAAGCUGCUGUAUUCCCGUGGCUUACUGGUGGACCUUCUCAUCAAGUCCAACGUCAGCCGCUAUGCUGAGUUCAAGAACAUCAGUUGUAUCCUGACCUGUCAUAAUGGCAAAGUGGAGCAGGUCCCAUGUUCGCGUGCAGAUGUAUUUGGCAGUAAGCAGUUGACUGUGGUGGAGAAACGUAUGCUGAUGAAAUUCCUUACUUUCUGUCUGGACUUUGAGCAACACCAAGAGGAAUUCAAAGAUUUCACAGAGAUGCCAUUUUUGGAGUUUCUCAAAUGUAAGAACUUGACAGAGAAUCUGCAGCAUUUCAUUUUGCACUCCAUUGCCAUGGUGAGCCAAGAUUCUCCAACCAUCAAUGGCCUGAAGGCUACGCAGCAUUUCUUGCGUUGCCUAGGUCGCUAUGGCAAUACACCAUUCCUGUUCCCACUUUAUGGCCUAGGUGAAAUCCCACAGUGCUUUUGCAGAAUGUGUGCUGUUUUUGGGGGCAUUUAUUGUCUGCGCCAUUCUGUGCAGUGCCUGGUAGUGGACAAGGAGUCGGGCAAGUGUAAAGCUGUGAUUGACACCCAUGGUCAGCGUAUUAGUUGCAGCCAUUUUGUGGUGGAAGACAGCUACAUCCGAGACGACCAGAGAAUGCAAACAGCAUACAAGAAGAUAUCCAGAGCAGUGGUCAUCACAGACCGGUCGAUUUUACCCUCCCAAUCUGAUCACCAGAUUUCAUUGGUGACCGUCCCUCCUCUUGAGCCUUCCUCUCCGGCUGUAAGGAUGGUGGAGCUCAGUUCAUUCUCCAUGACGUGCAUGCCUGGAACCUAUUUGGUCCAUCUGACCUGCUCAUCAUCAGGCUCAGCUCAUGAAGACCUGGCACCUGUUGUUUCCAGGCUCUUUCAUGUACCUAGCAGCUGUACAGAGGAAUCUAUACAAGGAUCUGAGGAGAAUGAGAAGCCUGUGGUAUUGUGGGUGAUGUACUUCAACAUGCGGGACACAUCUGGCUUUGAGAACAGCAGCUACAAUCUCCCAAGCAACGUCCAUGUGUGCACAGGCCCCGAUGACAGCUUGGGCAGCGAUUACUCCAUUAACUUGGCUGAAUUAGUGUUUCAUCAGCUGCUACCUGACGAGGAGUUCUGUCCACCUGCUCCAAACCCUGAGGACAUCAUAUAUGAUGGCGAUCAGGGAGAAGGGGCCAUCUUUGAGGGUGACAGUCAAAAAGAAGAGGCAGUAAUUGAAGGAGAGGACGGGUCUCAGGCGCACAAGCAACAUGGUGCAACAUGUAGCUCAGAACCCGCAGAGAGUACAGACAGUAUUGGUCAUGAAAUUUUGACUGAAUAUGAUAUUCAAAGCCCACCACUGGGGAAUAGUCCCUAAUGAAAUGACUGUUUGUUAAAUCUUUAUCUUACACAAGUGACUGUCUCUUCUCUCCUGGAAAUCUACAUUCUUGCGUAAUUUAGCGCUGAGUAUAAGUAAAAAAUAAUAAUUAUUUUUUUUAUUUUUUUUUAAAAACCUGCUCAGAAAUGCUUAAAUACAAAGUUAGAAUAUGCAGUAAUCUCAUAUUUCAAAAGAGAACUGUUCCAGCUUAUCCCACUGUUCUGGCCCUGGUCUCUGCUCUCCUCUGAAAAAAAGAUGUAGGGGAGAAUAUACUAGUACUUUACUAAUCUUUAAAAGUACUCUUCCAUUACUGUCUGCACAAUUAACGAAAAAUAAAUAAUGGAUUUCCACACACUGCA